GAGGAGGGCAUGGCAACCCAGUCCAGUAUUCUUGCCUAGAGAUUUCCAUGGACAAGAGGAACAUGGUGGGCCCCAGUCUAGGGUCGCAAAAAGUCGGACAUGACUGAAGUGACUUAGCAUACCUGCACAUACACCAUAUAGGUGCUGCUAAGCCUCUGAUAAACAUAACUCCAUGAAAGACCAUUCCUUUAAAAAGAAAAACUUACUCUCAGUAAAAGAACUUUAAUAAGCUUGACUAAAUAUUUAGAAAGCAUAUUGUGUUGAGUGAAACUUUGUGUAUAAUAAAUAAUGAGAGUAAUAGAAGAUCAUUUUGCAUGACUGGUCUGUUAUUGUCUCAAGGAACACAUGCAGAGAAAACAAAUUCUUUUGAUUACUUCCUCAAAUAAGCCAACACAAUGGAAAGUGGAAGAAAUGUCCCGUAAACCUUGUGAAAAGGGAACCAGAAAGUUUAACAUGUAAACUUGGAGAAAUGACAACAUUAGAAAACAAAACUACAAAAGAGAACACUUUGCAGAAUAGUCUAAGAUGUACAAAACAAAUAAUCACUAGAGUCGGGGCUUUAUCCAGUCUGCACAGAGAUAAGUGGAAUAUUUGACCUUCACCAUGAUUAACAAGGCUUUCUUUGAAAUUGUGUUGGUUCUGUUGGCUUCUUCCACUGUUUGCUCCCAAGAGCUGAAACUGGUUCUUUGCCAGCAAAGGAGAGUGAACCAAGAGAGUUUAAAACUUUUGAAUAAACUGCAGACCUCGUCAAUUCAGCAGUGUCUACCACACAGGAAACACUUCCUGCUUCCCCAGAAGUCUGUGAAUCCUCACCAGUAUCAGAAAGGACAAGUACUGGCCAUUCUUCAUGAGAUGCUUCAACAGAUCUUCAAUCUCUUCAGGGCAAUUGUAUCUCUGGAUGGUUGGGAGGAAAGUCACACAGAAAAGUUCCUUGUUGAACUUCAUCAACAGCUGGAAUACCUAGAAGCACUCAUGAGACUACAAGCAAAGCAGAAAAGUGACACCUUGGGCAGUGAGAACCUUAGAUUACAGGUUAAAAUGUAUUUCCAAAGGAUCCAUGAUUACCUGGAAAACCAGGACUAUAGCAGCUGUGCCUGGACCAUUGUCCAAGUAGAAAUCAACCGGUGUCUGUCCUUGGUAUUCCAACUCACAAGAAAGCUGAGUGAACAGGGCGUGGAAACUUGAACCAUGUGAAGGAAGAGCCGACUGCAGGCUUUAAAAGCAUAGCACAGAGGGGUAGUAGGAUUUCUCCAGGCACUAUUAUUUCUUUUUGUUUUAAAGUAGUACUGUUCUUUGGUUGUGUGUGUGUGUGUAUGUGUGUGUGUGUGUGUGUGUGUGUGUACAUAUAUCUUUGCUUUAAAGAUGAUGCACAUUGACUACAGUUGUUUUUAUUUUGUAAUGUCACUUUGUAUUUUCUGUCCAUCUGAAAUUUUUAUGAAUUGAAGUGAUUCAUUAAUAUUUCAUAAUUGUUCUUCAAAUUAGUAUAUUUUCAUAAAUACUGGCCAAGUAGAUAUAAUGAACUUUAUCUUCACUGUAAUACUUUGCUUAUCAUUGAAUAUUCAUCCCAGUGAUUUCUUUUUUUUAAUUAAUUUGUAUUGGAGUAUAAUUGCUUUAAAAUGUGUUAGCUUCUGCUGUACAGCAAAGUGAAUGAACCAUAUGUAUACAUAUAUUCCCUCUUUUUUAGA